CCAUCUAAUCCUUCCCAUGGUUCAUACCCAGAUCACAUAUUCAUCUUUGUUUCAAUUCACGUGAAAGAUUCCAUUUUUCAAAGAGUUUUGUAUCUCGAAGAUCACGAUAUCCUUUUGCAAUGCAAUCCAAAACUCCAAGCCUAGCCCCUGGAUUCACCCUUUUCCCAAACCUAAAGCCCCCACACAAAACCCUCUUCUUCCAUCAAAUCUUCGUCUUGAUUCUCACCUUCUUAGCCUACGCCUCGUUCCACGCUUCUCGGAAACCCCCCAGCAUUGUGAAAAGCGUCUUGGAACCAACGGUUCAAUCAAAUUCUACCUCAACUGACACCGGAUGGGCACCGUUCAAUGGUCCGGAAGGAACCCAUCGGCUCGGUGAGCUUGAUCUUGCAUUUUUAGCAUCAUAUGCCAUAGGGAUGUAUUUCGCAGGACAUGUAGGCGAUAGGAUCGAUUUGAGGCUAUUCCUUGUGUUUGGAAUGAUGGGUAGUGGCCUUUUGACCAUAAUCUUCGGGUUCGGAUAUUGGUUUGAUGUCCAUUUGUUGGGUUAUUUCAUUGGAGUUCAAGUCUUUUGUGGGGUUUUUCAAUCCAUAGGGUGGCCUUGUGUGGUUGCUGUUGUUGGGAAUUGGUUUGGGAAAGAGAAGAGAGGAUUGAUUAUGGGGGUUUGGACUUCACAUACAUCUGUUGGGAACAUUAUUGGGUCUGUUGUGGCUUCUGGUGUAUUGGAAUUUGGUUGGGGUUGGUCUUUUUUGGUGCCUGGGUUACUGGUUAUUGUAGUUGGAGUUUUGGUAUUUUGUUUCUUAGUGGUUAGUCCCGAUGAUUUGGGGUUCGAGAUUAUGUCGAGUGAGAAGGAGAUUGAGAUGAAUGUGGAAGGAGAAAGCUCGGGGAAUCUAGAAAAAGUGGAGUCUGAGGAAGCAGUGCUGCUCGAGAACAAGGAUUCCGAUGAUUCGGAUUCUUCGGCUGCUAUCGGAUUCUUGGAGGCAUGGAAGUUGCCUGGUGUGGCACCAUUUGCUUUCUGCCUCUUCUUCUCCAAGUUAGUGGCUUAUACGUUUUUGUAUUGGUUGCCCUUCUACAUAAGACAUACAGCUGUUGCUGGAGUGCAUUUGUCCCAUAAAACUGCUGGGAUUCUCUCUACAAUAUUCGAUAUCGGAGGAGUAUUUGGUGGGGUGCUAGCAGGUUUUGUUUCGGAUAUCAUUGAUGCUCGUGCAGUUACUUCAGUUAUUUUCUUAUUACUAUCGAUUCCGUCACUGAUUUUGUACCGGGUUUAUGGAAGUGUCUCUAUGGUUACCAACCUUUCAUUGAUGUUUCUGUCUGGCUUGCUAGUGAAUGGCCCUUACUCACUAAUUACAACAGCUGUUGCUGCAGAUCUUGGUACCCAGGAAUUGAUUAAAGGAAACUCCCGUGCAUUAGCUACUGUGUCCGCAAUCAUAGAUGGCACCGGCUCUAUCGGGGCUGCUCUUGGACCACUUUUGGCCGGAUAUAUAUCUACUAGGGGUUGGAAUAGUGUAUUUUUCAUGCUAAUUUUUGCUAUAUUCUUGGCCAGUUUAUUCUUGAUUCGUGUUGCGAAAACUGAGAUUAGAAGGAUGGUAAAUGGCUUCAGAGUAGUGACUGCAAGUUGAUGCGGUUUCUCGAGGCCUCGGAGGCUCGGACUGUUUAGAGAAGCAUCUCAUUAGGAUACAGCUUAUGCUGUUAAAAGUUUUCUUUUCCUUGUACCACAAUCUCU